AUGGCCAGUUCAGGCUCCAUAACCCUCAUUGCCUUAGUUAGGAUCACCCUCGCAGAUUCUGGGAGCUUCAUCACAGGAAUGCAGCCUCAUCUCCAGGCUUUGCUGUCACUGUAUAAGUUCUUCGCUCCUACCCUGAUUUCUGUAUCUUUGCCUGUAAGGAAGAAGAUCUUUUUUAAUAAUUCAAAAAAUCUAUGGACUCCAGCUCUCCUUGCUGUGAAGCUAAGGAACCAAGGAAUUUUUCCAGAACCUCUACUUCAAUUAGGUCCCACUCCCGGCCAUUCUCUAAAAAGAAAAUGGAAUUAUCACUCAGUUAUACCAGCGGUAAAUUCUGCUAAGAAAGAAUGCAGAGAAAAGAUGAGUCUUUUUGAUUAUCUCAGCAAUGAUAGAUCACUUCCAGUAGACCAACUUCAAAGUUUCCCUCAGCUUUUAGAGAACAUUCACUGCUUAGAGCUGCCUUCUCAGAUGAGCUCAGUGCUAAACAGCUCUCUGCUACUUCACUAUGUCAACUGUGUCAAAGAUGAGUCAAUCUUACUCAGGCUUUCUUAUUGGCUGAGUCAAACAUUACAAGAAGAGUGUGUGUGGUAUAAUAUGAAUGAUUAUCAACAAGAAAAGGAGUUUAUAAACUUUCUGGACAUGGUCAUCAGGGUGCAGUGCUUCUUACAAGAGGGAUUUUACUCCUGUGAGGCAUUCCUGUAUAAAAGCCUGCCUCUCUGGGAUGGCUUCUCUUGUCGGUCACAGUUCCUUAAGCUUCUGGCCUGGAUUCCAUUCAGUAGCUUCUCUGAGAUGAAGCCACUUCUUGAUCAUCUAGCACCUCUCUUCUUUACAUCAUCCAUUUAUUUCAAGUGCAGUCUUCUUCAAUGUCUGAAAGACUUACUGCAGAAUUGGCUGUUGUGGCUCUCUACAGAAGCACAGGUGCAGCCCAUGACAGACAGUCCUCUGGAGACAACUUUGGGCGGAUCCAUGGAUUCUGUGUCUCAGUUGAUUGAGUACAUAGGCUGGCUGUCCAUGGUGGCAAUACGCCUGGAGAGCAGCAGUACAUUACUGUUGCACUUUAUUUUGGACUUCUAUGAGAAGGUGUGUGACAUAUAUAUAAAUUAUGACCUUCCAUUGGUGGUGUUGUUUCCUCCUGUGGUCUUCCAUUCUGCAUUCCUAAGCUUGGAUGCCACUAUCUUGAACCAACUCUGUUACAUAAUGUACAGGUAUCGCAAUAAUUUGACAGCUGCUAAGAAAAAGGACCUUGUACAGAAGGCAAAGUCAGAGUUCAGUAUCAGCAGCAAGAUCUGUAAAGAAUUUAAUUACUAUUUGACAGCUCUGGUUCAUUGCCUGUGGUCAUCCAGACCAUUUGAAACAGGAGUGUACAUUGAUCCCCAAAUCAUAGAAAAUACUGGAGAAACACAGUAUAAACACAACUUAAAUUUUGUGCACCAUCCUUGUCUAUUGAAUUAUGCAGCUUCCUUUUUGCUACAGGAGAGCCCAGAAGAAACGCCAGUCUACCUGAGCUCUAUCCGGGGAAAGAAAUGGAACUGGUACUUGGACUAUUUAUAUUCAGAGGGUUUUCAAGGCUUAAACCUUUUCAUAAAAAGUAGUAUUGAUCGUUCUUCUGUAUUCAAAACAGAGAAAAACACAUAAACAUUGACAUAAACAAAUGUCAUGCUGGACUAAAUGUCUCACUGCUGGAGAGACUAAGUACCUCGCAUGACUUUCCAUAUCCGUUUCACAAGCCGACUGCCAUCUUUAAGAAGUACUAAGCCUGGCCUUCCGUCCAUGGCUCAAGAGAGCCUUGGUGUUCACUAACUUCAUUUUAGUCUUCAGAUAUUAAGAUUACUAAUAAAAAAUAACCUCUUCAUCAUCCAGUUCUGCCUUCACUGAAUUAUACAUGAAGAGACACAUAUGUCUGCUUUCUAGUAGGAAAUUUGCUUUGCAUUUUCGUCGGCUUUGCUAGUGGAAGAGAACAAGUAAUAUAAAUUAAGCUACUCCUCAGACACACUUAUGCAGAAUACUCUGCAAUCUCUGAAAUCCUAGGAAUAUUUUACAUUUCUAAGAUACUAAUAAUAGAAUGCAACAUGUGUGACUCUUAACAUCCUAAGAAGCUGAUGGCUACCUGCCUGCAUUGGCAGUAAUUGUAAGGGAAGGGAGGAGGGGGGAAAUGAAGAAAUUUCAUUUUAUUGGUUUGAUUUUAUGACAGCACUAUAUUUGAAUGUAUAUGUGUAUGUAUGUAUUUAUAUAUUUAAUUCAGAUUUUAAAUUGCCAGGCUUAAAUAAACUAACUUCAGUCUUA